AUGGCUUCCAUGCCAGCACGCCGAUCAUCGCAGCGCCGCCCAUCACGUCCAGACCAAGCACCACGAUCAACCUCGCGUCCGUCACAAUCACCCGCAAGAACCCGAUCAGAAGACUCUCAGACCAUCUUCGUUAACAAGCCGGACCAGGAAGAGAAGCCGCAAACACAGCAGCCAUCGAGCACAUUCCCUCUGCCGCAAGACGAUGCGGAACCAAAGAAGUGCUGGAUCUGCUUUUCAGACUCUACAGAGGACACACCUGAGACAUCGCGAUGGCGGAAUCCUUGUCCUUGCGCGCUGGAGGCACACGAGGAAUGUCUGCUGGAUUGGAUCGCGGACAUGGAGGCACCCAAGAACCAGCGAGGUCGACCAGGACUUGCAGCGCCGAAGAUUGAGUGCCCACAGUGCAAGUCGGAGAUCAAGCUGUCAAGACCAAGAGACUACCUUGUCGACUUCUAUCGCGGUAUCGAGCGCCUUGGUGCAAAAGCAGUCACACCAGGAUCUCUGGCGCUUCUGUCAGGUGUGGUGUACAACUUCAGCUUGGCGCACGGUAUGCAUUCGAUAUACGCCAUCUUUGGUAGCGACGACGGGCAGCGUAUACUACGGCCCGUGAUUUACAAUGCGACACGAGCGCCAGUCGAGGCAUACGCUGGUCACCCUGGUGAAGCCUCAGAACAGCUGCUCAAUGUGUUGAUUGACCACAUCGUUCACUGGAGGCUCUAUGUCGGACUACCGCUUAUCACACCGAUACUUGUGCUAUCGCGCACAUCUUUCGCCGACGGCGUCCUACCAGUCUUGCCCAUCAUCUUCUUCGCGUCACAGGCACACUCACCGAACGAGUUCAUCGACUUCGCGCAGUGGCCGCCGAGCGCCAGCUUUGCAUUCGCGGUCCUGCCAUACUUUCGCUCGCUGUACAAUUACUACUACAAGAAGGUCUGGGCCGAGCGGGAAAAGCAGUGGCUGAGAGCUAUUCAACCUCGGAUCAAUGAGACGCAGACCGAUGCCAAUGGCGAGGUUGUGGAUGUGGGUGAUGAGGGUCAGCCAGCUGACAACGGAGAUGGCAACGUCUUCGAAGUGCGAAUCGAUGGAGGCAUAUGGGAUGAUUGGGAAAACGAAGACCAGAUUGAGCAAGCCAUAGCAGCGAACAAUGCGAUGGCACAACCAGAUCAAGCAGCGCAAGACGGCGACGAAGGCGCACCUGGACCUGUAGUCCAGGAUAAUCGACCAGUACCUGAAGGUGGCGCGAACGAAGCACCAGCACAACAAGCGGGCGCUCGCCAACAAGCACAGCAACAACAGAAUCAACAAAACCAACCGGCCGGCGGAGAACGAAGACUGUCUUUCUCACCCACCGCCAUCGCAGAGACGGUCCUCGGCGCUCUCAUAUUUCCGACUCUCGCCGGUUUCGCUGGCGAGGCUCUAAAGCUCAUCCUUCCUUCUGCGUGGACAGCAGGGCGGCCGCCAAUCGAUGUGUUUCGACAAACACAAUUCCUCUCGAAUCCUCGCUUCAGAGGGCUCCAGAAGACGGGCAUUGCAGGCCUUCUGCAGCACAAGUGGGCGCGAAGCCUGGUUGGAGGAUGUCUGCUAGUCGUCUGUAAGGAUGCGCUGACGCUUUACGGCCGGACCAAGAGGUAUAUGAGCAGCCAAGACCUCCACGACGCUUUUACAAGUCAAGCAAAGCACACCGUUGACAAUAGUAUUCUGCCUAAGAUGCCAGAUAUCUGGAAAGACUUCAACGGCCUCCUCAUCGACGACCCAUCUUUCAAACUCACACCUGAAGUUAGAGAGCUUUUCGUCAAGUACGCUGGCAUACCCGAAGAUGAAGUCGUGCAACAUGUCAAAGACGUCCGUGACCGCGCCUUCAAAAUCUUCCCAUACCCCUGCAUAGGCCAGUACCGCUUCCUCGACUUCGGCGUCUCCACUGCCCCUAAAUACAACGACGUCCUCGCUGGCGUCAAAGGUGGCAAGACGUUACUUGAUCUCGGCUGCUGCUUCGGGCAGGAUUUACGGAAACUCGUGCAUGAUGGCGCAGCGUCUGCGAACUUGACAGGUUUCGAGAUGGAGAAGGACUUCACAGAGCUGGGCUACGAUUUGUUCAGGGACCGGGAGACGUUGAGGAGUACAUUCGUGCACGGUGAUGUCUUCGCGUCCACCCCGAAUUUGACGGAGGGGAGUUUCGAUUAUGUACACGCCAGCUCUUUCUUCCAUCUGUUCAGCUGGGCGGAGCAGGUGGAGCUCGUGCGAAAGACGUUGAAGCUGUUGAACCCCGUGAAAGGGAGCAUGGUGUUUGGACGCCAGGCGGGUGUUAAGGAGCCUGGGGUGUUGAAGCAUGAGCGAACAAGGAGUGGGGAGAUGUUUAGACAUGAUGAGGGGAGUUUUGAGAGGAUGGUUCAUGAGGCUGCGGAGGGGAUGGAGGAGAAGGAGAGGGUGGAGGUGGAGGUGGAGGUGGGAAUGUUUGAGGUUGAGGUUGAGGGGGGAAAGUGGGAUUUUAUGCAUUAUGGUGUUGUGGUGAAGUGA